AUGGCCCAUGAUGAUAAUUUUGAUGAAAUUAAACUCGUGUCUUUGGCCUUGGAUGAAGGAUUUGAUCCUAUAGAAGUUUCUCAGCUGUUUGAAGAACCUGGCUCAGAUUUGGAGCUGUCUUUGAAUUCAAGUCACAGCACUGCCUCUUACUCAGUCUGGAGUGAAGGUGCCGUUGGGUACAACAGGAAUCUUAAACCUGUUUCUUUGCAUGACUUAGGAGCUGGUGGUGGCCAUAGCCAAGAAUCCAGUGAAUACAGCCAUGUGGAAUAUCCAGGUGAUUCAGAGUGUUCUAGAGAAGCCACAUUUCAGCAGUUUCUUCAUAACCACACUUCCUAUCAGCUGGCAAGUCAAGCAGCAUCCACUACAGAGUAUCACCACCAGGUGUGGAUGGAGAAACCAAAUGAAGUAAAGGGUAGGUGCUGUAAUUCUACUGAUAUAAACUUUAGCAGCAAUGAACACUGUGCAAAAGCUCUGAGAAUACCCUUUUCAGUAGAUGAAAUUGUGAGCAUGCCUGUCGACUCCUUCAACACCAUGCUAGCCAAGAAUCGUCUGACAGGUCCUCAGGUCUCACUCCUACGUGACAUCAGACGAAGAGGGAAGAACAAAGUUGCUGCCCAAAAUUGUCGUAAACGUAAGCUGAAUGUGAUUCUUAACUUAGAAGAAGAUGUAUGUAAUCUUCAAAGACAAAAGGAGAGCCUUAAAAAGGAACACUCUCAGUGUAGCAGAUCAAUCAGCCAGAUGAAGCAAAAGUUAAACAGCUUGCACCGUGACAUUUUCAGUAGAUUGAGGGAUGACCAAGGUAGACCUGUUAACCCAUGCAAAUAUGUCAUUCAUUGCAGUAAUGAUGGUGGUGUAUUCAUAAUACCCAAACACUUGGCCAAAUCAGAACAGAAACAAGGUAACAAAAAAGAGCAGAAAAAAAAUUAA